UUUUGUAAGGCAAGCGUUCGAGCAGGGGAGUUGCCUGUUGAGGAGACGUUUUAGGCCUUAAAAUACAAUAUAUAAUAACCUAUAACACACCAAUUUCAGUGCUCAGCGCCAAGACUAUGCCUGCAAGUGGAUGACCAGCCAGUAUGGAACUGUCAACGGCGUGGCUCUCUCACUGCUGAGGCAAAUGGGAGGAAAAAUAUGUUCAGAGAUUGUACCCUUUCCAGAGAGACUGUACAAGAAUAUGGAAAUGAGCACGGCUGCAGACCAGCUGGGGUUCAUGGCUGAGGUGGUGGAGCAGAUAAUAAAUCUAUUUGAACAUUACGAACACUACGAUGCAGCAGGAUGGGACACUGGGGCUUUGGAUAAAUUCUUGCACAAUGAAUCUCGGCAGCUGAUAGAACUUAAAAACUGCGCAGCAGCACACCCAAACACAAGACGAAAGGCAUAUAAAGUCAAAAGACACUUCAGGCAGUUGAAGAAAAUUCUCAGAAAGAAUAAUUACAAUGGAGAAUCCUGGGAGAAAAUAAGAAGAGCAGUGCUGUUACACCUGACACGGAUGGCCGUGAUGACUGGCCAUGUUUGAAGAAUGCGGCUAAUAUAGAGAAAGUGGCUCAUAGAGAUAAUGGACCAAUGUGAAGGGAUAAUGAACAAAUGCAACAACAACAACAAAAAUAAUUUUAAAAAGAACAAAUGCAAAAAAAAAAAUUCAUUACAAAAAUAUUUAAUUACAAAAACAUUUAUUUAUUUAUUUAAUUAAUUAUUUAUUUAAUUAUUUAUUUUCAUUUAUUUAUCUUUUUGUGUGUAUCAGUGUUAUUGUUGUUGUCCUUCUUGUGUAAUGUGUAACUUUUUAAUGAAUUGUGUAUUUAUAAUCUGUGUUUAAUGUCUUUUAUUGUAUUUCAUGAUGUUUGAUGAAAGUUUGCAAAAACAGUUUAUGUUGAAUUUUGCAUUUUUAUAUGUUUGUUAUGAAACAAAUGUUAUCAUAUUG